GCAGCUGGGAUGCGGUACACAUCGGUUGCUCCGGCGCGCUGAGCUGAAAGAUCGUUUCGCGAAGGCUACCAGGUGAAAGGAUACGGCAGGCUUCUGUUAAACAGAAUGAGUCAGGUCUACCGACGAGACGGCCCCUAUUUGUAAGCAGUCAUGGCCAGGAGUGCUUUCCUUUUCCUUCUCAGUGUGGCCCUUGUGGAAGCCUCUAAGGUUUGCCCUCAUCAAUGUCUCUGCUAUGAUUCCUCAGACCUUGUGGAUUGUCGGGGCCGUGGUUUCACUCACGUUCCCCAUAACAUACCUCAUGGCACCUGGUUGCUCGACUUGGGUGGCAAUACUCUCUCGGACCUGCUGGGACGCUCAUUUGCCGGCCUGUGGUCCCUUAGGAUUCUGUUGCUGCCUUCCAGCUACAUUCAUCGCCUUGAACCUGAGGCAUUUUCUUCCCUGGGUUUCCUAGAGAAGCUGGACCUGAGCCACAAUUGGCUCCGGCGCCUGCCCUCAGAUUUCUCCGAAAGUCUUUCAUCCCUUAGAGAACUGAAUUUGGCUGGCAACCACCUUUUUAGUGUGACGUUUCGCAACUUUGAAAAGCUAGAAAAUCUGGAAAAACUGGAUCUAAGUGGAAAUCAGAUCCUUUCGGUGGAACCUGGAACAUUCAGAGCCUUGUCACAUCUGCGGCACCUCUACCUGCAGGACAAUCAUCUAAACGUCCUCAAGGAUGGCAUGCUGGCCAUGCUUCAGAGCCUGGAGGUGCUUCAUCUGAGUCAUAACAAUAUCUCCAUCAUUGAAACUGAAGUCUUUACUUCACUACACAGCCUCACUCUAUUAGGCCUCGAAGGUAAUCAACUGAUCCACCUCAAGUUUAAGACCUUCCUGAACCUCCACACGCCUGGAACACACCUCCAGCUGGCCAACAACCCCUGGAUCUGCGACUGUGACCUGCACAGGGUGUUCAGCAAGAUCCUCAGUGUCCGCCAUCUUCAUGUAGAUGACUACAAGAACAUCACCUGUGAUAAACCCUGGCAACUGGCUGGCUCUCCACUGGCCUGGGUUGAUACACAACUCUGCAUUGCCGAAACCGCUACCGUACUGGUCAUCACCGUUACCGUGCUGGUCACAGUCGUUGCUGCCAUUGUGAUGGCUGAGAGGAAUCGUAAAAAGAACCGAGGCAAAAAGUGGAAUGAUGCUGAGGGAGUACUGGAGCAGCAGGAGAAGUAGACCACUACCCCCAUGAAGAGGACCCUAUUUGGAAUGCACCACGACAAACUGUGCCACCCUAAGUCAGGGAGCACUGGGUGCUGCCCAAAGACUCUCAGUCCUCUUGAUCAGCAGGGUAAAAGUUAUUGAAAUGUGAAACAAUUCAACCUUUACAAGGAUCAACGGUGGACAGCAUUCAAUGUGGAGAGGCAGCAGGCU